GUUUGUUGUUAUCUAUUUCGUUUUAUUGUUCUUUUUCCUCCAACGAUGAUGAUACAUGAUGUUAUCAACGAUCUUCUUAUUGGCGUGCUAAAGGCACUGCAAUCGAUGCCUAAUUUGCAUUCAAAUAAUCCACCCAAGGAAGCCAAUCACCAUCUCGAAUCCAUGCACCUUGUGAUAUCGGAUGAUAUGCGAACAGGCGGAUUAUCAGCGACACCGUCGCCUAACCAUUAUCUGGUAAAGGAAAUGGUACAAAGAUAUUAAAAAAAAGUAUCCGUCGAAAGCCACACGAUUGACGCUUUUGUUAUUACGUUAUCAUCCAUCUCUGUUGGUCUUUUAAUUUUACGGUAGAUUAUGUCGCCUAAUACAGGGUCUGGUCCAACUACGGAUAAUGAAUCGGCUCAAGCCUCGUACACGCCUCGAAUUCAAUACCGAUAUCCACGCAUGAUGAUGCAUUCUCCAAUUAUUUCUACGACACGCAGUCACAGUGUGAAACGCAAUAAAAAACCCGCGACAUAUUCGAGAUGGACGGCCGAGGAAGAUGAUCUACUUCGUCAAGCCGUCGCCCUCCAUGGCCCUCACAAGUGGGCUUCGAUUGCCGCUCACGUUCCCAAUCGAACCCCGAUGCAAUGCUCCACCCGCUGGUUGGGUGCUCUCAAUCCCCACAUUCAUAAAGGGCGCUGGACGGAAUAUGAAGAUAAUAUUUUAAAGUAUUCAGUAUUGGAAUACGCGAACUAUACUGAUGAAGAAGGCAAAACGCAACCUGUGCCUUGGAACAAGAUUGCUGAACGCAUUCCCAAUCGAACAGGAAUUCAAUGCCAGGCACGGUGGACAGAAGCGUUGGAUCCGUUUGUUCGCAAGGGCAAGUGGAGUGCGGAAGAAGACGCUUUGUUACGUGCUGGGGUGAAUAACCUUGGUUUGAGCUGGAUUCGUAUUGCCGAAACUAUCCCCGGGAGAACUCAGCGUCAAUGUCGAACGCGAUGGAUGCAAAUCAAGUACAAGGAAGAGCGACAGCAACGAUGCAUGAAUGAGCAACGAAGUGGUAGUGUGGAUGAUGGAUCGUCGACGAGUUGUGCUUCGACGGAAGAAGAACGUGAUUACGGAUCAGCGGUGGGAGGAAUGGCCACGUCGGUGAACAAUGGAUUGCCAUCGACGUCCGGGUUCGUUAAACCGUUUUUUGUGGUGGAUGAUUUUGAUACGAACCUUGUCAAACGAGAACCCAUGGAUAACUAUCCCAUGAAUAGCUUUCAGCAGCAUCCCCAUCAUCCCAGCGAAAUGGCAUUUUUCAAAAAUGACGACCUGUCCUUUUUCACCAAUCCCGAUUUCGACGCUUCUCAGCAAGAUCAUCGCUUUUCAUUUCCAAAAUAAUUCGUUUGUUCUUCAUGCCACAUCACCUCCAUAAGAAAGAAAGAAAAAAAAAAAGAAAGCUACGUCCCCGUCCCCAAUAAACCAUCGAUAAACCGCAUGCGAUCCAAUCUUCAUUGGGUAAAUUAUCCAACCCGUAUAAACACCACAAUUGACAGGGCUGAGAGCUU